AGUAUUUAAACGUCACUAAAAUAUUGACAAUAUGAUUAGUCACUUUACUGCGAUUCUGUUGUGUCUUUCCGGCGUUUAUUGCAUAUCGUCCGCGGUUGACAAUUUAGAUUUUGAUGGACUACAACAAAUUUUAAGCGGCAAAACCGUCAUUGCCGAAUGGAACACAGUUAUGGCCCAACAUAUAUAUAAAGAAGAAGCCAUGGACUCAAAAAACACUGUUAGGCAGGUUGUGGAAGACUUUAUGAGAAAUCCCAACAACAAUGCCGAGACGGACUUGUCAUCGAUCCGCAACAUAAUCAAAACAGGUUAUCAAUGCGCGUUUACCAAGUACGCAAGUAUAACCACCUGGUUGAUACUUAAGGAUUUGUGGCAGUUCAAACUCAACAUUGACAGGGCCAUAAUACAUGCGGAAAGUCGUUAUCCGGACAUUAAUGUUCAAAGAAUAUUUGAAGAUGAAAGAUUUCCGGAAAUAAUACUAAGGACCUUCGGCCGGUCGAGGUAUAACUUAGACUAUGACUUUAAAUUUAAAAGAGGCGACUAUCAGUUGCUCACCAAACACAAAUCCGUUAGACAGGAUAAGGACGAGGUGCACAAAUUAUGGGCAGGCAUCAUCGACAAGAAGCUCGGUUUGAAAAUCAAGCACAAAAUCUAUACCGAAGUGAUAAAAACGAAGCUUACAAAUGAAUAUGCACAACCUCUUGUCGACACUAUCAAUGAACUCAUCUGUGUUCUCAAUGAGGCGAUUCAAAUGUUUGACAAUUUCAACGUAGACAAGUGCGGAAAACACGAUGGAAAAUUUGUAAACAUUUUCAAAUCCCUAACAACCGGCGUCGAGGGUGAUUUCAAGUUUGUUCUAUGGGAUAUUGAUGAAAUGGUGGGCAGAGGAGAAAUUCCUGGAUUGGUCAGGGAUCUUACAAAAUCUACUCCGGAAACGUUGCCAGGAAUUGACACAAUAAAGGCUUCGGGCUGCUUCGUAGAUAGUUUGGAAUUUGAGCUUUCUGGUUUAAAAAUGGAUUUUGCAAACACUAAUGGCUCAAAGGAUAUUUAUGGCCCUAGCCUCGAUGAACGCGAAUCCGAAAUAAAAAUGAAACUCGUGGAAAACAUAGGAAAGAAGACAAUAUUCGAUGAUAAAGUAGGUUUGAUAUUGUUUCGCGAUGAAGUAAAUUCGUUUGAUGAUUAUCUUCAACCCAAAAAUACCUCCUCCCGAGAAUCCCAAAGUUGGUGUUCAAUAAAUUAACAAGACCCAAAAGAUGAAAGUGAAAACUGAUACCAAAAACAUACAUUGACAUGUCUCAAAUAAUAAUCGAAUAUAUAUUCUAUUGUUAAAAUCUAUUACAGAAAUUAUUGCAUAACUAAAUUAAUUGUUUAUCUUAUCGCAUUUUUUGUUUUUAUUAUUUACCAAAAUAACCUUAAUACCGAUUUUCUGUUAAAACGGCACAGGACAUAAAAUUAUGUCUUGUAGAU